AUGCCAUUCGUUCAGGAUCUUCAAAAGUAUAUCGUGAAGGAGCAGGAACGACGAGCGAUAGCGGCUGCGGAGCGGCAAAGAGGACAUGAACAAAAGCCGGGUAACCUAUCCACAUUUGGAGAUGCGCAUACUAAAGAUAUCUCGGCGGUCAUGGAUGCAUUAUUCUCACCGUCACUAUAUCCGAAUACAACGGUCAACUCCGCUUGCGAUCCUAAGCGGCGCACGACGGUACCACUUCCGAAUGUGCCCUCUUUGGAAGAAGCUAUCUCCAAUACUUCCGCAAAUAUACCGAACCUGGCGUCCCAAACUACGUUUAGCCCUCGCGACGGUCUACUUGACCGUGCAUCGAGAUUUGUAGCAGCUACUGGAAGCCAUCACCCGCCUCACGCAAGCCAGUUCCGUCCUCUUGAACAAAGUCCUCUGGGGAAGGCUGUGCUCAAUCCGUUGGCUAUGGUACUCAACAUAGGUUCUGCUGGCAAAACUUUUCGUGGAUCGACUGAGAAAAUUGCACCGCCUCAGAUUGCCCAUCCGAUAGCAAUUCCAGCACAGCAAGCUCCAGCUCCUUUCGUGAACCGUCCUGUCUAUGUUGCUCCCAAGGAAAGAUCAGCAAGGAUCAGCCUGAGUGAAACAUCGGCCUUCACUGCAUUCAAAUCACCAUCAGUGAGCGCUUCCACUGACAUAUCAGCUGGGGCAACUGAGAAAAUUGAGAUGGAAUUACAUAAACUGUUGUGUGGCUCAUCCGAUGUAAGCGAUUCCACGACAGGCAUUCAUGGGGCUGACGAAAAGACGCCUACUGCCUUUCUGGAUAGUCUCAGUCCCGAAACGGAUCUGGGCUCAGAGUUUGCAUACUUCCCUGGUCUUACGUCUGAAUCUAAUCAUACCGGAGUCGGCUAUGUGUUGCCCUUUACUAGGACAGAUGGUUAUAUUGUGCAGUUGUGUGACGCUUGGAAAGAUUUCAAACUUGAUAGAGCUGCUAUAUUCGCUGGCCUCCCUGGAUUCGAAACUGCUAGAUAA